AGCCCACUUUCUGGCUUUCCUCGGCUGAUUAUGUUUGUGCUUCUGUUUGAGGAAAAUGCCUCUUACCUAGUAGCCUAAUAACAGCAGCAGGCUAAGCCAGGAAGUGUGGUUUUAGGUGACAUGGAGAGGAAUAUCUGAGGGAGAGAGGCAAAGAGAGCGACAGCUGUGGUCACCAGCCUGACACACCCAUUACUUCUAGGAGUAGCAGGAGCUGUGGAGAGCUGGGUCACUCACAGUGUCUCCCCAUCAAGAUGUUUCUGUAAAGUCUCUCGACAACCCCUGAGCAGAGGUUUAGGACCAGGAGGUUAGAUGAUGACCAGGAGGGUUCCUCUGUAUGGACCUUGUGACAAAGUUCCCCGAUGUCUGCUUUGCUACUGGUUUGGGCUGUGCUUCUGCACUUGGGAAUUGAGCAGUCCCUGGCCAGAGGAGGAAAGUCAUGGGAGCAUUGUACAGACCUGCGUCCCUUGGAUAUUCUCUCCGAAGUGGUUCCCAUGAAUGGGGUGAAGAGUGGGGUACGGAUGAUCCAAAUCCAAGGAGCACGUGGCUUCCAGUUCUCUGCAACACGUCCUCGCUUUCUCAGUUUUCCAGCAUCAAGGAUUUUCAUAUACUGUGACAUCUUCCCAGAAGAAUUCUCCAUUGUGUUUACCCUAAAAGCUUCCCACAUGUUACCCAAGAGAAAUGAGUACAUCUUUACAGUUUUGGAGGAAAACAGUGACACGCUGCUGCUCGGACUCAGAUAUUCAAGGAAUAAACUUCACUUCCUCUUCUGGAGCCGAGAGCUUUCCAAUGGUUGGCAGACACGGGUCACCUUCCGGGAUGUGUUUUUGGCAGACAAUCGGUGGCACACAGUGGUGCUGGCAGUAACUAAAGGCUCCUUCUCUCUCACUGUGGACUGCAGCAUCCCCACAGAUGUGAGGGUAGAUGCUGCUUUCCCCACAUCCUUGACUGUGACAGGAUCCCGAUUUUAUGUAGGGAGCAGAAGGAGAAGAAAAGGUUUCUUCACUGGCUUGCUAAGGCAGCUGGUCCUGCUGCCAGGAUCUGAUGCUACCUCACGGAUGUGCACUGGCAUGAACUUUAAUCUAGCAGUGCUCUCCAUCCCCAAAAUUCUGCAGGAUCUCCCCGUGAAACCAGUGGACAAUGAGCUGCUGAAAUACCCUUACGAAGCAGACAUGAAAGUGACGUUGGGGUCACGCCCUCCCUGUACCAAAAGUGAAAGUGGUCAGUUCUGGUUUAAUGCUGCUCAGAAAGGACUAUAUAUAUGCAAUGGGAAUGAGUGGAUUUCCUUGUUAGAAGUCAAAGAAAGAUUGGACUAUCUGGAAGAAUAUCAGAGUUUAGCUACAAAUUCUGAAACCUUGGGCAUUGAGGUCUUUGUCAUCCCUGAGGUGGGACUGUUUGUAGCUACUGCAAAUCGAUAUACUCCUCCUGGAUCAGCUAUCUACAAAUGGACUGAUGAGAAAUUUGUGGCUUACCAAAAUCUCCCGACCUACCAAGCCCAAUCCUGGAAAUUCUUCACUAUUGGAAAAAAGAUUUUCCUUGCAGUGGCAAAUUUUGAACCAAAUGAAAGAAGUCAGGAGUUUUCUGUAAUUUACAAGUGGAACUACAGGAAAGAAAAAUUCACUGUGUACCAGAGAAUCACCACAUACAGUGCUAGGGACUGGGAAGCAUUUGUCAUUGAUGGAGAGACCUUCCUCGCAGUGGCUAAUCACAGAAAAGGAGAUAACCACAAUAUAGACAGUGUCAUAUACAGGUGGAAUGCCAGGACAGGCCUUUUUGAAACCAGCCAGACCAUUCCUACCUCAGGAGCCUACGACUGGGAAUUUUUCAGUAUUGGGCCAUAUUCCUUCCUGGUGGUGGCCAACACUUUUAAUGGAACAUCCACCAUGAUCGACUCUCGCAUCUACAUUUGGCUCAGUGGAACCUUCCAGCUCUUCCAGUCAAUCUUGACUUUCGGUGCUGCUGACUGGGAAGUCUUUCAGAUUCGAGAUAGAGUCUUCCUUGCUGUGGCAAACAGCUAUGAUAGUACAAUUGUUGCCCCAAACAACAGCUUUGCCAUCAAUUCUUCCAUCUAUGAACUUAACAUCACUGCACAGAUGUUUGUCAAGUUCCAGGACAUUCUUACCUACAGUGCUUUGGACUGGGAGUUCUUUUCAGUUGGAGAAGAUAACUUUUUGGUGGUAGCAAAUUCAUUUGAUGGUGUGACCUUCUCUGUAAACAGCAUUAUUUACAGAUGGCAAGGAUAUGAAGGCUUUGUAGCUGUUCACCAUCUUCCAACUUUUGGCUGUAGGGACUGGGAAGCUUUCAACACUACAGCUGGCUCUUACCUCAUGUAUUCGAGUGCAAAAGAACCGCUCUCCAGGGUGCUGAAGCUGAAAACCUUUUGACCAGGAAAGAGAUGUUUUGCUUUGCAGCAAACAAGUUGGCAAGUCUGGACCUGUGAGAAACUACUUUGGUACUCACGGCUAGGAUCGGGAAUGUUGUCCCUAAGAGUUACUGCAAUGAAUGCCAGAGAUGUCAUAGGAUAGGGAUCCACCUUCCCUCUCUUGGCUAGGGUGGGUGUGAGGCUGCCAGGGAUGAGAUUUUAAGCCCUCUUUCUACUACCUGGAGUGGGCUAGGAAUAUAACUUAGAGCUGUCCAGUGAUACUGGUGAGUACAGUAACUCCAAUUCAUCACACACACAUGCAACACAAACCCAUACACACUUCCAAACAUCUUCCAGACCUAAGGAGCUGCUAAUAUAAUCCACAAUCCUAUGUAAAGUUGAGGAUGUUUUUGCCACUGAAGCAGGACAGUAGAAGCUGGAAGAUACCUUUGGUACAUUAUGGGCUAUCAGUCACAGCUUAAAAAUAUGGAACAAGCAUAAGCAUUUGGGCUGACUCCUCCCAGAUCCCAGAUGGAUGAAUGCUUCCAUUGCUGUUACUUUAUGGCAACAGUAUGGGUGUGCAUUAUUUUGACAUAUUCCAACCCACUGUGAGGUCCUAUGAAAAUUUUUGGAGCCCAGAUAAAGGUUCCAGAAGAACUGAAGAAAGAGUCCUUAAGAGUAUGAUAUAAGAGCUUCGUGGGACCACCAGCUGCUAUUUGGUUUUUGUAAAGUUUUGUAAAGCUUUCAAACCAUCUUAGAACACUAUUUAUGGCUCUGGAUUUUAGGAUUUCAAGGGAAAAUGUCUAAGCCUUAUUGAGCAAAUUAGAAGCCUAGUUACUCCCUUAAUGCAAAGUACUGCAGUCACAUCAGAGAAGAUGCAUAAUCCAUACAGGCUUGGGGUGUUGUCACAUUAACAGUUGCACAGAAAGUGAACUAUGGUGAAAGCCCUGUCGCUACAAAAUGCCUCUGAUCUGUGCUUGAGUCUUCCAGGGUUGUAUUUCCUAGCUUUGCAGCAUAUCUACAAGGAAUGGACAACCAAAUGUUUAAUGCUUUUUAUGUUUAGGCUUUAUGAACAGCUGUUGUGGAUUUAAAAACUGGUGCUUAUUGACCUUUGGAAAACCAUUGGUACCUUGUUAUAUGGAUCUGUGACAUUUCUCUAAUAAGCUCUACCCCAGUUUCAUUGGUGCUUUUUCAGUCUUUGCUUACACGUUAGUUCGUGAAUAACCUCUAGAAGUAUACCUACUUGUUAUUUCAAAGGAUUUCAAUCAUUGUUUAUAAAUGAUAUGUUUGUACUGUAUAAAUUGAUACUCCUGACAAUAGCAUUUCUUAUAUGGAGGUGGAAUUGUUAUUUAUUUUCCAGAGAAUAUUUGUGAUUUUGAAAA